GUUUGAAAUGGCUGGCUACGCGAGUAACUGCUCCAACGGUACAGAGGUAGAUGAUGAGAACGCUGUCUACCCAAUUUCGUUCCAUCAAAUGCCCUAAUCCAAACCCUAAAUUAUCUAAAUCGUCCUCUCCGACAAAAUCAGAACUAAAAUUCGAUGCCAAACCAAAACCAGAGUCAGAGUCAUGGUGUGUUUAUCUCAUCCUUUCCACCAACCAUCCAAUCAAAACCUAUGUUGGCAUCACAAACAACUUCCCUCGCCGUUUGAAGCAGCACAACGGGGAACUUAACGGUGGUGCAAAGGCAUCCCGUGCUGGAAGGCCUUGGAUUUGUGCAUGCCUCAUUUGCGGUUUUGCAGACCGACGUGAAGCUAGUAUAUUUGAAUCAAAAUGGAAAGCUAUAUCAAAGAGAGCUCCCCGCAAAAAUAAAAAUGAACAUCUCUCUGAAGAAAGUGAAGAUCCAUCAUUACCUCUGCUGCGACACAGACAAGCAGCUUUGAAAAAAGUGAAAGGUUCACUCGACUGCACUCACUUAGAAUUCAUUUGGCUUUUGGAUCCAUCGUGAUUCAACUGCCAAUGUAUAUUAUGUAUGUGUUUUAAUCAAUUGAACUAAGUUCAUGUGGCAAAAUAUAGGUCAUAUAUUUAAGAAAAAAAUUCAGCAACACCCUUUUGUAUAAAAAGUAAAGUCCACAAUUUUGUAUGAUUUUUAAUAAAUUUAAGUAAUAGUAAAGAAUAUUUCAGAAGGGGUGUUGCUAACAUUUAUUGGUUCUUAAGGUCUUUGUAUAUACCAACAUGAGAGUGACUGAAGGUUGAAUAUAAAAGCAGUUAUUGAGUA